AGAUUGGUGGUGAUAGGUCAAUGUGGAGUAGGAAAGACAGCGUUAAUAAAGAAGUUCACCAAAGAUGAAUUCAUCGAGGAAUACAAGUGUACCGCAAAAGACUCGACCGAAGACUCAAAGUUAACACUCGGACUCUGGACAUAUACUGUGAAGAUCACCAACAUAGGGAGCGAGGACGCGUACAGGGAUAAUACAAUAAGAGAUAGUAACAGUUUUCUUCUAGUCUACGACACCUGUAAUCAGUCGUCGCUCAAGAAAAUACCAGUUCUGUUUCCUAAGAUACAUGAGGCGAGAGUCGCAAUUGAGGGCGGUAGCUUGAAUUCCACCUCAAUAGCCCCUCCGCUGCCUUCUGUCGUCGUGGUUGGUACCAAGUCUAACAGGAUUGACGAGCGCAAGGUCACCACUAAGAAGGGAAGGAUGGUAGCUAAAGGACUAGACUGUGAAUUCUGCGAGGUCACGGCCAAG